CGAGGCGCAUGCGCCCCGGGCCGCCACGCCUGGUCCCCGGGACGCCCGUGCAAACCGGUUUUGCCUCGCAGAGCCGGCAGGUCCUGGCGCUGGGGCUGUAGCGGUCUCCGGUGUGCCGUACGUCCGGUCAGUGCCAUGAUCCGGCAGGAGCGCUCCACAUCCUACCAGGAGCUGAGUGAGGAGUUGGACCAGGUGAUUGAGAACUCAGAGCAGGCAGACAAGCAGGACAACGAGACGAUCAAAGUCCAAGGUCCGGGUUUCUUACCAGGCCUGGACAGCGAGUCUGUCUCCAGCAGCAUCCGCUUCAGCAAGGCCUGCCUGAAGAAUGUCUUCUCGGUCCUGCUUAUCUUCAUCUACCUGUUGCUCAUGGCCGUGGCCGUCUUCCUGGUUUACCAGACCAUCACGGACUUUCGUGAGAAACUCAAGCACCCUGUCAUGUCUGUGUCUUACAAAGAGGUGGAUCGCUAUGAUGCCCCAGGUAUUGCCCUAUAUCCUGGUCAGGCCCAGUUGCUCAGCUGUAAGCACCAUUACGAGGUCAUUCCCCCUCUGAUGAACCCUGGCCAGCCAGGUGACAUGAAUUGUACCACCCAGAGGAUUAACUACACGGACCCUUUCUCCAACCAGACCAUGAAAUCCGCCUUGAUUGUCCAGGGGCCCCGGGAAGUGAAGAAGCGGGAGCUGGUCUUCCUCCAGUUCCGCCUGAACAAAAGUAGUGAGGACUUCAGUGCCAUUGAUUACCUCCUCUUCUCUUCUUUCCAGGAGUUCCUGCAAAGCCCAGACAGGGUAGGCUUCAUGCAGGCCUGUGAGAGUGCCUAUUCCAGCUGGAAGUUCUCUGGGGGCUUCCGCACCUGGGUCAAGAUGUCACUGGUGAAGACCAAGGAAGAGGAUGGGCGGGAAGCAGUGGAGUUCCGGCAGGAGACGAGUGUGGUUAACUACAUUGACCAGAGGCCAGCUGCCGAAAAAAGUGCUCAGUUGUUUUUUGUGGUCUUUGAAUGGAAAGAUCCUUUCAUCCAGAAAGUCCAAGAUAUAAUCACUGCCAAUCCUUGGAACACAAUUGCUCUUCUCUGUGGGGCCUUCUUGGCAUUAUUUAAAGCAGCAGAGUUUGCCAAACUGAGUGUGAAAUGGAUGAUCAAAAUUAGAAAGAGAUACCUUAAAAGAAGAGGUCAGGCAACAAACCACAUAAGCUGAAGUCGCCUUGCGUUAUUCAUGGAACUGCCAACGUUAAUGGAAGUUCUUACCACUUCCACUUUGAUAAACUGAGCUACCAGCAAUCCUGUACUCACUUGAAGAAAUGGGGCCUUGCUGGGAGGAACAGCAACUUCUAACCUGGCCCAAAAAGAGCCUGUUUAGAGCCUAACAGAAAAGAUCCAAUGGGUAACCUGAAAGUUAUUUAAGUGUUUAAAUUAUUAGUAAUCAUUUUAAAGAGCUG